UUGUAUUUAUUUAUAUUAACUUAAAUUUUACUUCCUGUCAGUGUUGCAGUUUCGUCCUCCCUGGAUCAUGUGACUGCCUCCUGCAGGCCGGAGGAGUGUGUGAACAUCACCAUGAACAGCAAGGACACGACAACAGAGUCCGAGACCAGCGGUCAGAUGAAAGUGUUUUUACCCAAUAAGCUGCUGGAGUGUUUGCCUCGCACCACCACUUUACCCAAAGAGAGACUGCGCUGGAACACCAACGAGGAAAUUGCAUCGUUCCUGAUUUCGUUCGACAAACAUGACGAGUGGCUUUCUUGCACGGUUAAGACCAGGCCACAGAACGGCUCCAUCAUCCUGUACAAUCGCAAGAAGGUCAAAUACCGGAAAGAUGGAUAUUGCUGGAAAAAGAGGAAGGAUGGAAAGACGACCAGAGAGGAUCACAUGAAGCUGAAGGUUCAGGGCAUGGAGUGUCUUUACGGUUGUUAUGUUCAUUCCUCUAUCGUCCCAACAUUCCACAGGAGAUGCUAUUGGCUGCUGCAGAACCCAGACAUUGUUCUAGUGCACUAUCUGAAUGUGCCGUCGCUGGAGGACAGUGGGAAGUCGUCUGGACCGGUCUCAUGUGCUCUGACCGACCGCAGGGACAGUCUGCGCUGGAGCCGAGACGAACUGCUGUCUCAACUCAAACCCAUGUUCCACAGUUUGAAAUGGUCUUGUGGAGGCAACGGUUCUGUGGAGCUCUCAGUGGAGCAGAUGGUGCAACAGAUCCUAGAAACACAACAGACCAAACCACAACCUCGAACACACACCUGCCUCUGCGCAUCUCCUGGAUCCAACAUUCCUCACCGCUGCAACAGCACCAGACAUCGCAUCAUCUCGCCCAAACUACCCACCCCUCACCCCACCCUCAACGAUCUGCAGAAUCCAUCCCUGCGGGAGGCGGGACCGCGCGAUGCCUUAGUCGCUGUUGUGCCUUCAGAGAGGAAGCAGUCUGAAGAGGGUGGGAGGGGUGAUGAUCCGGGUGGCGUGGCUUCCCCAUGCUCCGCCUCCUCCUCGUCCUCCAGUCCGCCCCAAACGCAGCGGGCGGCGACAAUCGCUCUUAGCAACGGGAACGGAUUCUAUGGUGACCAGCAGGGUGGAUUGGCAGCAGUCAUUGUCAUGACGACAGCAACCUCGGUGGGGUGUGGCUAUGGGGAGGAGCCAAAUGCAGAGUUAGGCUCCACCCACCUGUCAGUCACCCGUGCCGGCGGACAUCUCGUUUUAUCUCCUGUGCCAUCCAAACAGGACAUGCCCUCUCCAACAAGCUCCACCUCCCCACCUAGCCCCGCCCCUCCUAAUCAGGGCGUGGCCACGCUGUCACUCACUCUCCUUCCCAGCCCUGUGAUUGGAGGACUGCUGCUGACUGACACCCCAGGGAAAAUACUGCCCCCAAACCCGAUGUCGCCAUCGCCCUCGCUGCUCCCAUUUGACCCUGACUCCUUCCUAAACAGCCCCAAACAGGGGCAGACCUAUGGAGGACCCGCCCUGACACCUCACUCAGUCUCCAACUCCUCUUCCCCAUCUCCACCUCCUUCAAUAUCUCCUCAGCCGCUGUCUCUGGCUCUGUCUCUUUCUCCCACGUCUCCUCCAUCGUCUCUAUCCUCUCUCUGUUCUGAGACGGAGAGGAAGAGUAUUCCGGGUCGUCCCUCGUCCUCACUGUCUUUUUCACUCUCUCCGACGCGAACGACUCCCGUGCUGCUCCCGCUGUGUCUGGAGAUGUCUUUAGGAAUUGAUUCUUUGAGUUCUCCUCUGUCGGUCCCACCCUCCAAUGACAGAGCUCCUCCCACUGGAUUCACCGCUCAAGUCCCACCCGGUCAUCUUCUAACCAAACCUCUCUCGCCCGCCACCCAAAUAACACCCUCUCUUGAGGUGCUGCCAACCAAUCAGCUGCCUCCAGAGGGAGAAAAGGCGGAGUCACAGCACUCCAUGUGCAUUCAACCUCCGAAUCAGACACCGGCCAUGUCCCCAACUGUGAGUCCUGUACAAGUGAAGGAGGAGCAGUCUCCGCCCACUCAUACACAUUUCGAAUCAGAAGUCACGCCCAUGGACACCACCCACUGCGGCCAUAUAGACGGAGAGGAGGCUGGGCUUACAUUUGACUCCGCCUUCCCCGACCUCAUAUCUGAGCACAUUAUAGAGGAGCCAGUCAGUCACCUUCCCACCCUGGCUCCGCCCGUUUACCCCAUCCGCUACAUGGUUCCUCCUCAGCCGACACCGUCCACCUCGUUCCUGCCCUUCCCUCUUCUUACAAACUCUGGAGGAAACCCAGCAGAAACCCAGCAGCUGGCCAACAUCACAGACUUCUCGCCCGAAUGGUCGUACCCCGAGGGCGGAGUGAAGGUGUUGAUCACAGGACCGUGGUCAGAGACAGACGGACGAUACUCCUGUGUGUUUGACCAGAGCAGAGUUACUGCUUCUCUCAUCCAGCCAGGAGUCCUGCGCUGUUACUGUCCUGCUCAUGAAGCUGGACUCGUCGCUCUGCACGUGUUGAAGGACUCCAGUGCCGUCUCCUCCUCAGUGCUGUUCGAGUAUCGCGCUCGCAACGCCUCGUCCUUACCGAGCUCACAGCUGGACUGGUUAUCACUGGAUGAUAACCAGUUCAGGAUGUCGAUUCUGGAGCGUUUGGAGCAGAUGGAGCGGCGAAUGGCAGAAAUGUCAGCUAACAAUCAGCAGAAUCAGCACAUGAAUCAGUUUCAUCAGCAGCUGUGGAGGAACCCGAGCUCUGCUCCGCGCUUGACUCCUGAAAACCAGUCGGGGCUGUGGUUCGAGCGCAGGAUCGUGGCCGUGUGUGAGCGGAUGAUGGCCGGCGGUCACUGGGAUCGAGACGCUGAGACAGACACACUCACACACUCCGUCAGACACCGAGGGAUGACACUGCUGCACCUCGCCGCCGCUCAGGGAUACACACAGCUCAUACACACACUCAUACGCUGGAGGAGUAUCAGUGUGAAUAGUUUGGAUCUGGAACAGGAAGUGGAUCCUCUGAACGUUGAUCAUUUCUCCUGCACACCCCUGAUGUGGGCGUGUGCUCUGGGUCAUCAGGCCGCAGCUGUGUUGUUGUACCGCUGGAGCAGUGCGGCUCUGGGGAUCCCGGACUCUCUCGGUCGUCUGCCUCUGGCCGUGGCACAUUCGCGAGGACACACACGUCUAGCACGCUGUCUGGAGGAGUUACACACACACUCUCAGACGCAGGAACACACACUGGACACACCCUCGCCUCCGUCUCCACUGUCCAGCAGCCCUGACACAGGUCUGAGCUCAUCCAGCAGUGUCCCCUCCCCCAGUGACCCGCCCUCCCCCUCCCCAAGCUCCGCCUACUCCAGUGGCUCUGUUCCUGACCCCAUGGACUCCGCCUCCUCCCCAUUCUCAGCCCCGCCCCCAGCUGGUUCCACCGACUCGCUCUUCCUGAUGGACUGUGAGGUCUCGAGUCCCUCGGCCCCGGAGCUCGCUGACGAGCUGCUCAGCUACAGCGAGAACGCCGAGAACGAGGACUUCCUGUCUGACGAGGUCCUGCAGGUUGACAUGGCAACGCUGGCCGAGCAGAUCAUCGAGGCCACGCCUGAGCGAAUCAAACAGGAGGAGUUUAACCGGGAGGCGGAGUCACCACUGCGAGAGAGGCGGGACAAUCCUGCCAUUCACGACACCAUGCCGUGGCUCGCCACAUACCUGGACACCGUCGACAGGGGUCUGUGUCCCACCCCUCCCUCGCUCCUCAGUGAUUUGGUGCUGCAGAGGCUCCGCCCCCCGAGCAGUGUGGCGUGGGCGGAGUUUCUAAACGCCUCAGCCAAUGGAAGGAUGGAGAGAGACUUCGCCCUGCUGACGCUGACGGACACGGAGCAGAGAGAGCUGUAUGAAGCUGCACGUGUCAUCCAGAACGCCUUCCGCAGAUACAAGGGGCGGAGGCUAAAGGAGCAGCAGGACAUGGCUGCAGCAGUAAUACAGCGCUGCUACCGCAAAUACAAACAGCUAACUUGGAUAGCACUGAAGUACGCACUCUAUAAGAAGAUGACGCAGGCGGCGAUACUGAUCCAGAGUAAGUUCCGCAGUUAUUACGAGCAGAAGAAGUUCCAGCAGUCUCGGCGAGCGGCCGUCCUCAUCCAGCAGUAUUACCGCAGCUAUAAAGAGUACGAGCGCGUCAAGCAGGGCCCGCGCGGCCCCGGGGCCCUCAACACCAAGCUCAAAGGCUCGUUCCUGACCAAGAAACAGGAUCAGGCCGCGCGGAAGAUCAUGCGCUUCCUCAGACGCUGCAGACACAGGAUUAAGGAGCUGAAACAGAGUAAAGAGCUGGAGCGCAAAUAACUGACCACAUGAAUACACACACACACAGACACACACACACACACACAGACACACACACACACACAGACACACACACACACAGAGACAGACAGACACACACACACACACACACAGACAGAGACACACACACACACACACACACAUACAGAGACACACACACAGACAGAGACACACACACACACACACACACACAUACAGAGACACACACACACACACACACACACACAUACAGAGACACACACACACACACACACAUACAGAGACA